AUGGGAGCAGGCUUCUUUACCACUUUCCUUAACUGCCGCCAGUGCAUCGAUGGCGAGCUCGUCGAUGAUCAGCUGGUAGUCUCCGAAGACACAGGCCUGAUACUCGAGCGCACCGGCUACAUUGGCGGCGAAGCCGUUGAUCUUGAGGGUCAUGUAGUUGCACCUGGCUUUCUGGAGCUGCAGACGAACGGAGUCAAUGGCUUCCACUUCACUCACUUCGAGGACCAGAGUCAGUAUGAGCAGAAGCUGGAAGAGACCGCCAAGUACUUUGUCACCCAGGGGGUCACUGGCUUCUGGGCGACAAUACCUACGGUGUCCCAAGAAGAUUUCCAAAAGAUCCUACCAUCGCUGAAACCACGCUCCUUCGACUCCGCCGCAACCCUCCUAGGCGCCCACGUCGAAGGCCCCUAUCUCUUCCCCGGCAAAAAGGGUGCCCACAACUCUUCGCUCUUCCACCUACCAUCAACUUCUCCAACCCACCUCUACGGCGCCGAAAACCUCACCUCAUCCAUCAAACUCGCCACUCUGGCCCCAGAGCUCCCAGACUCCCCAGCCUUGAUCAAGGAGCUCUGCAGCCACAACAUCCGCGUCUCGCUAGGGCACUCCGACGCAACCUACGCGCAAGGUCUCCGCAGCCUCCGUGCCGGCGCUACCGGCCUCACGCACACGCUGAACGCCAUGUCCGGCCUGCAGAGUCGCGAGCCCGGUCUCCCAGGCCUGAUCUCGCUGCCUCCCUCGUCCAACCCUCCGCCCCCGUACUUUAGCCUCAUCCCCGACGGCCACCACCUGCACCCCGCCACACUCUCUCUUCUGUACCGCGCCGCCCCCUCGCGCGCCAUCCUCAUCACCGACAGCAUCGAGCUCGCCGGUCUCCCCGACGGGCUGUACCCGGGCCACGCCCAGAUCCCGCACUCCCAACGCAAAGUCGGUUCCCGCGUUGUCAUUGACGGGACUGACACGCUCAUAGGUAGCUGCAUCCCGCUGCAGCAGGGCGUUCGGAACUUGAUGGAGUGGGCUGGGUGCGAUGUUGCGCAGGCAGUGCGGUGUGUGACUGAGAAUUUGGCGGAGUUUAUGGGGGUGGAUGGGCCUGGGGGCGUGGGCGUGUUGAGGGAGGGACGGAGGGCGGAUUUGUGUGUGCUUAGCGAGGAGGGGGAGGUGCUGCAGACGUGGGUGGCGGGGAGGAAAGUUUGGGAGAGGGAGGGAGGGUUGUAUUGA